AUGAGAACUUUUCUCUCGCUAGUUUUUAUCGCCACAAUCCUACUUCUAUUUGAUUACAUUAGAAAGUAUAAUAGGAGGAAAGAACCGAUAACGAAAAAUUACGAUCUGAAAAUGAGAAUGGAAGAUACUUCAGAGAUCCAAAACUUGGUUUCUGGUGAAAAUUUGCCGGCAAGCCUGGAAGGUAAGAAAUAUCCAAGCAAGGCUCAUAAUGAAAAAGUUAAGAAGAUUUUUCAAUCAGUCAACCUAGAUCUGCCUGUUAAUAGUGCUGUUUUUAUCGCAGGCAAUGAAGUUGAGCCAAUUAAAUAUUGUGACAUCUCUCAUCCAUUUAGACAAGAAAGAUACUUUUACUAUUUGUCUGGUGUUGAUGUUCCAGGCUCAUCCAUCCUUUUCAACAUGAAAUCAAAUAAGUUAACAUUAUUCUUGCCGUUAGUUGACGAUGAUGAUGUAAUGUGGAGUGGAAUGCCAAUGGGUAUCAAUGAAGCUUUGAACACCUUUGAUGUCGAUGAAGUCCUAUAUGCUGACAAAAUUAACGAAGUCUUUGAAAAGGAAUUAACUGGAUUCAAAGUUUUCACGACCGACUUGGAUAAUAUCCAUGAUAAUUCAAUAAAGGAAAAAUUAGUUUCCGGAGAUAAGCGUUUUUUUAAGGCCUUAGAUGAGGCAAGACUAACCAAGGACUCCUAUGAGAUUGAAGUUUUAAGGCAUGCCGCUAAGAUUACAGAUAAUUGUCAUUUAGCAGUAAUAUCGGCAUUACCAAUUGAAUUAAAUGAAUAUCAAGUUCAAGCAGAAUUUGAAUACCAUGCAGGGCGUCAAAAUGCUCACGCCUUGGGAUAUGAUCCUAUUUGUUGUUCGGGCCCUGCCUGUGGAACAUUACAUUAUGUCAAGAACUCUGAAGCUUUACAUGGUAAAGUAAGUUUUUUGAUUGAUGCUGGUGCAGAAUGGAAAAACUAUACAACUGAUGUUACGAGAUGUUUCCCAAUCUCUGGGAAAUUUACUAAGGAACAUCGUGAAAUAUAUGACGCAGUCUUAGAUAUGCAAACUCAAACUAUGCAAAAUAUAAGGCCAGGUGCCAGCUGGGAUGAGUUACAUUUGCUAUCACAUAAAGUUCUUAUUAAGCACCUUUUAAAGAUCGGAAUCUUCAGGAAGGAAUUUUCAGCAGAAGAAAUUUUCAGAAGAAGGGUCACUUGUGUAUUUUAUCCUCAUGGCUUAGGCCACCUUAUGGGGCUUGAUGUUCAUGAUGUCGCCGGUAAUCCAAAUUAUGAGGAUCCUGAUCCUUAUUUCAAAUAUUUACGUUUACGCCGUACUUUGGAGGAAAAUAUGGUUCUAACUGAUGAACCUGGAUGUUAUUUUAAUGAAUUCUUGAUUAAGGAAUUACUUGAAAAAUAUCCUGAAAGAUUGGAAGUUGUUGACAGAGAUAUCCUCAAUAAAUAUAUGUAUAUUGGAGGUGUCAGAAUUGAAGAUGAUAUUCUGGUGACAAAGGCUGGAUUUGAAAACUUGACUGGAAUAACUUCAGAUCCAGAUGAAAUCGAGACAAUUGUUCAGAAAUCAUUGUCUAAGAGGCGUUCCGAUUUCCAUGUAAUUGUGUAG